AUGGAGUCGUGGCCGCUCUGCCUCAUCUCCGUCCAGCCGGGCGCUGAUUUGGAGGGCCGAUUCGAGCGCAUAAUCGCAUUGCAAAAGUUUCUCGCGUGCCCCACGGCCGCGGAUCUCAUCGCGCAAUCCCCGGAGCGCCAGAAGUGGGAGAUGCAGGUCCAGGUGCACCGCUCCGUGCAGCAGAGCGCGGAGGCGCUGGCAGUCAGCCAGCGCCUGGCGGAUGGACACUCCGAGGAUUGGUCGGAUGCUGCCACAUGGCUGGCGCUGGUGCGGAAGGAGGUGGUGGAGUUGGACGAGCGCCUCUCGCGCCAGCUGCUGCGACUGCAGAGCCAGAGCGACAGGGUGCUGGAGGUGUUCGUUACUUCCCUAGAAGACAAGGUGGCGCAAGUCAUGUCGAAGCAGCCGAUGACAGAGUGGCGCUUGGCGGAGCUGAGCGCCAGCGUCAAGGGUCUCCAGGAGCAGCUGGAGUUGCAGGCGAGGAGAGGAGAUGCCUGUGACGCGCGGCUGCAGAGGUGGACAAAUGCUUUCGAAUCCGAGCUACGGAAGCUGGCAGCGAGUGACAAGGCAGUUGCCGGCAAGGUCCUGAAAAAUGCGAACGCGGAGGCUUUUGAAGGUGUGGCACUGCAAGAGGCCAUGCUCGCCAGCCUACGUGAAGAAGGGGAGACAAAGAUGCUCCGAGCGCCCAAAGUCGGCGCAGACCUUUUGGAUGACGUGGCCGUGGCAGCCUGCAACGCCUUCGGCAAAAGCAAAGGCGAGUUGCAGCAGGAGAUCGCAUCAUCUGUGGAUGCUUUGAGGCACGAGCUGGCCGACGUGGUGGAGGGCCUGCGUCACCAGCUGGCGCUUGAGGCCUCCAAGGCCAUGGAGUCCGUGCAGGACUUGGAGGUAAGGCUGGCGACGGCGGAGGCGGCGAAUGGUGCCAGUCGGGCCCAGGCACAAAGGCACGCGGAGCAGCUUGAGCAACUGGCGGCUUCCGCGGAGCGCGUCUGUUCGCAGGACCGCGCAGAUGGGGCGCGGGCGGAGGCGAGCGCCCGACUUGAGCCCAGACGGCCGGAUCAGGUGGAGGCGGGUCUGGCGGAGCUGCGGUCCGUCUUGGCGGAGGACCUCGCAGAUCUGCGUGCGCGAAUAGCGGCGGAGACGAGCGCCCGACUGGGGGAGUCCCGACGGCUGGAGCAGGCGGAGGCGGGUCUGGCGGAGCUGCGAUCGGCCGCGGAGGAGGAUUCUGCGCGCGAACCGAAAUUGUCGGCUUGCCAGCUGCAGCAGGUGGAGACGGCCCUUGCGGAGUUGCAGCGGCAGGUGGCGGAGCAAACGUCGGCCAAAGACCUUUGGCGUGAGCGGGAGGAGAUCCGGAACCUGAAGAAUCGGAUGACGCAGGCAGAGGACCGGGCGCAGCACAGCGCCAAGCAGCUGAGUCAACUGGAAGGGCGGCUGGUGCAAGUAGCGGAGGUGUCUCCAGCGCCCGUGCAGCAGCUUGCAGCUUCCGUGGACGAGCUCCGCUCAAAGAUGGCGAGCACACCUUGGACGCAGGACAUCGCGGCUUUGCAGGAGCGGCUGGCAACAGCAGAGGAAGCAGUGGAGGCAGCAGCUGGGCGGCUAGCGCAAGUGACGGAAGUGUCACCAGAGACCUUGCGGCAGCUUGCAGCUUCCGUGGACGAGCUCCGGAUGGCGAGCCCACCUUGGACGCAGGACAUUGCGGCUUUGCAGGAGCGGCUGGCAACAGCAGAGGAAGCAGUGGAGGCAGCAGCUGGGCGGCUAGCGCAAGUGACGGAAGUGUCACCAGAGACCUUGCGGCAGCUUACAGCUUCCGUGGACGAGCUCCGCUCAAAGAUGGCGAGCACACCUUGGACGCAGGACAUCGCGGCUUUGCAGGAGCGGCUGGCAACAGCAGAGGAAGCUGUGGAGGCAGCAACUGAGGCGGCGAAGAGUGCGUCCCAAGAUCAGGCGCAGAACGCAGAGCAGCUGAGUCAACUGGAAGGGCGGCUGGUGCAAGUAGAGGAGGUGUCUCCAGAGCCCGUGCAGCAGCUUACAGCUUCCGUGGACGAGCUCCGCUCAAAGCUGGCGAGCACACCUUGGACGCAGGACAUCGCGGCUUUGCAGGAGCGGCUGGCAGCAGCAGAGGAAGCUGUGGAGGCAGCAGCUCAGGCAGCGAAGAGUGCGUCCCAAGAUCAGGCGCAGAAAGCAGAGCAGCUGAGUCAACUGGAAGGGCGGCUGGUGCAAGUAGAGGAGGUGUCUCCAGAGCCCGUGCAGCAGCUUACAGCUUCCGUGGACGAGCUCCGCUCAAAGAUGGCGAGCACACCUUGGACGCAGGACAUCGCGGCUUUGCAGGAGCGGCUGGCAACAGCAGAGGAAGCUGUGGAGGCAGCAACUGAGGCGGCGAAGAGUGCGUCCCAAGAUCAGGCGCAGAACGCAGAGCAGCUGAGUCAACUGGAAGGGCGGCUGGUGCAAGUAGAGGAGGUGUCUCCAGAGCCCGUGCAGCAGCUUGCAGCUUCCGUGGACGAGCUCCGCUCAAAGAUGGCGAGCACACCUUGGACGCAGGACAUCGCGGCUUUGCAGGAGCGGCUGGCAACAGCAGAGGAAGCUGUGGAGGCAGCAACUGAGGCAACGAAGAGUGCGUCCCAAGAUCAGGCGCAGAAAGCAGAGCAGCUGAGUCAACUGGAAGGGCGGCUGGUGCAAGUAGAGGAGGUGUCUCCAGAGCCCGUGCAGCAGCUUACAGCUUCCGUGGACGAGCUCCGCUCAAAGAUGGCAAGCACACCUUGGACGCAGGACAUCGCGGCUUUGCAGGAGCGGCUGGCAACAGCAGAGGAAGCUGUGGAGGCAGCAACUGAGGCAGCGAAGAGUGCGUCCCAAGAUCAGGCGCAGAAAGCAGAGCAGCUGAGUCAACUGGAAGGGCGGCUGGUGCAAGUAGAGGAGGUGUCUCCAGAGCCCGUGCAGCAGCUUACAGCUUCCGUGGACGAGCUCCGCUCAAAGAUGGCGAGCACACCUUGGACGCAGGCGCAGAUGGCAGAGCAGCUGAGUCAACUGGAAGGGCGGCUGGUACAAGUAGAGGAGGUGGCUCCAGAGCCCGUGCAGCAGCUUACAGCUUCCGUGGACGAGCUCCGCUCAAAGAUGGCGAGCACACCUUGGACGCAGGAGCGGCUGGCAACAGCAGAGGAAGCUGUGGAGGCAGCAACUGAGGCAGCGAAGAGUGCGUCCCAAGAUCAGGCGCAGAAAGCAGAGCAGCUGAGUCAACUGGAAGGGCGGCUGGUGCAAGUAGAGGAGGUGUCUCCAGAGCCCGUGCAGCAGCUUAUAGCUUCCGUGGACGAGCUCCGCUCAAAGAUGGCGAGCACACCUUGGACGCAGGACAUCGCGGCUUUGCAGGAGCGGCUGGCAGCAGCAGAGGAAGCUGUGGAGGCAGCAACUGAGGCAGCGAAGAGUGCGUCCCAAGAUCAGGCGCAGAAAGCAGACCGGCUGAGUCAACUGGAAGGGCGGCUGGCGCAAGUAGAGGAGGUGUCUCCAGAGCCCGUGCAGCAGCUUACAGCCUCCGUGGACGAGCUCCGCUCAAAGAUGGCGAGCACACCUUGGACGCAGGACAUCGCGGCUUUGCAGGCACGGCUGGAAGCAGCAGAGGAAGCAGUGGAGGCAGCUUCUGGGUGUCUAGCGCAAGUACCGGAGGUGUCAGCAGAGCCAGUGCAGCUUACAGCUUCCGUGGACGAGCUCCGCUCAAAGAUGGCGAGCACACCUUGGACGCAGGACAUCGCGGCUUUGGAGGAGCGGCUGGCAACAGCAGAGGAAGCUGUGGAGGCAGCAACUGAGGCGGCGAAGAGUGCGUCCCAAGAUCAGGCGCAGAAAGCAGAGCAGCUGAGUCAACUGGAAGGGCGGCUGGUGCAAGUAGAGGAGGUGUCUCCAGAGCCCAUGCAGCAGCUUGCAGCCUCCGUGGACGAGCUCCGCUCAAAGAUGGCGAGCACACCUUGGACGCAGGACAUCGCGGCUUUGGAGGAGCGGCUGGCAACAGCAGAGGAAGCUGUGGAGGCAGCAACUGAGGCGGCGAAGAGUGCGUCCCAAGAUCAGGCCCAGAAAGCAGAGCAGCUGAGUCAACUGGAAGGGCGGCUGGUGCAAGUAGAAAAGGUGUCUGCAGAGCCCGUGCAGCAGCUUACAGCUUCCGUGGACGAGCUGCGCUCAAAGAUGGCGAGCACACCUUGGACGCAGGACAUUGCGGCUUUGCAGAAGCGGCUGGCAACAGCAGAGGAAGCUGUGGAGGCAGCAACUGAGGCAGCGAAGAGUGCGUCCCAAGAUAAGGCGCAGAAAGCAGAGCGGCUGAGUCAACUGGAACGGAGGCUGGCGCAAGUAGAGGAGGUGUCUCCAGAGCCCGUGCAGCAGCUUACAGCCUCCGUGGACGAGCUGCGCUCAAAGAUGGCGAGCACACCUUGGACGCAGGACAUCGCGGCUUUGCAGGAGCGGCUGGCAACAGCAGAGGAAGCAGUGCAGGCAGCUGAGGCAGCGAAGAGUGCGUCUCAAGAUCAGGCGCAGAAAGCAGAGCAGCUGAGUGAACUGGAACGGAGGCUGGCGCAAGUAGCAGAGCUGUCGCCAGAGCCCGUGCAGCAGCUUACAGCUUCCGUGGACGAGCUCCGCUCAAAGAUGGCGAGCACACCUUGGACGCAGGACAUCGCGGCUUUGCAGAAGCGGCUGGCAACUGCAGAGGAAGCAGUGGGGGCAGCAACUGAGGCAGCGAAGAGUGCGUCUCAAGAUCAGGCGCAGAAAGCAGAGCAGCUGAGUCAACUGGAACGGAGGCUGGCGCAAGUAGCGGAGCUGUCGCCAGAGCCCGUGCAGCAGGUUACAGCUUCCGUGGAGGAGUUGCGGGCGCGCCUGGAGCUCUUUGAGGCGCAGGUGCAGCGCUUUCGGGGCGCGGAGGUCCUGCAGCGGGUGGAGGAGCUCCGGCGGCAGGUGGAGAGGAUGGAGGGCACGCCAGACCUGCAGGUACGCUCCCUAACUGGCCCGUCGGGUGGCGAGCUGAAGGAGGAGCUGGAUGCCGGGCAUCGGCGCCAGGAGCAGCGCGCGGAGGCACGGGAAGUAGAGGUUCAAGAUCUGGGCCGAGCCACCGAGAGCUUUGCGUCUCUCUUGGAGGCAACAAACCAACAGCUCGACGCGGCGGUGCAGAAGCAAGAUCGCCUGGCUGCGGAGCUUGAAAAGCUCACGUCUGGCGGAAGGGCGGCUGGAGCGCUUGAGGCGCGAGCAUCGCCUGGAGGCGGCUGCCUUGUGGCAGGCGCUGGGGGAGUUGGCGGAGCACAUUGGCGCGGAGGGCGGCAAGUUCAUCCAGGCACCGGCAAGCAAGGCGCAAUCCCUGCCCGAUGCGUCUGA